GGCGCACCAUCCUCUUCCAAUCCGCCUGGCCGUUUUCCUCCUCGGUCGAUUCGACUUGACCUGCCCUUUCCCAAUUUUAGGGUUUCGAAGGUCCCCCAUCGCAUCUCCAUGGCCGACGUCAUCGACAUGCCCUCGGAAGCUCCGGAUCGUAGCGGGAGCAUUCAGACGGACCAGCGGGAGAGCACCACCGCAGGCUCUCCCUCGCCGCCUCUGCCUCCGCCUCCUCCAAGGAAAAGGGGCAGGGAUUCGAAGGAGGAGAGGGACGACUGGCCUCCUGGUCGUCGGAACGACCAUCGUGACUCUAGAGACGGCUCGCCGCCGCUUUCCCCACCUCCUCCCGUAUCAGCGCCGAAGGAUGACAAAAAUCGGGAGUAUCGUAGGCGCAAUAGCCCUAGCUCUCCUUCAUACCGGGACCGCAGACACCCGUCUCCCCGACGGUCGCCGCCGCACGGGCCAUUUAAACGAGCCAGGAAGGAUGGCGGCGGAUACGACCGGCGACGGGGGAGCCCGAGAGGGGGUUACGGUCCAGAUGAAAAAAGUUCCAGGUAUGGUUACGAUUAUGAUAGGGGGUAUGAUCGAGGUGGCUCAGGAGGCAGAGGGUGGUAUGGGGAGGAGAGGUCACAGGGUCGUCAUGGUAAUCGUCUAUCAUAUUGGCCUGAUUCUGGACAUGGCAGUUAUGGUGAUGACUCUGAAACUAUUCAAAGGGGAGGUUUAAUGUCAUACAAGCAGUUCAUGCAAGAACUUGAAGAUGAUAUUUUACCUGCUGAAGCAGAACGCAGGUAUGAAGAAUAUAGAUCUGAAUACAUAUCCACUCAGAAGCGAGCAUAUUUCGAAGCUCAUAAGGAGGAAAAAUGGUUGAAAGACAAAUAUCAUCCAACUAAUUUAGUGGUAGUGAUUGAAAGGAGGAAAGAAUUGGCCAAAUCUAUUGCAAAAGAUUUCCUGCUCGAUUUACAGAGUGGAACACUUGAUGUUGGUCCGGGAUUAACAGCCACAUCUGCUAGAAAAUCUGGGAAUAGUAGUGAACCAAACUCUGAAGAAGAGACAGAUAUUAGUGGGAAAAGGAGAAGGCAUGGUAGGGGACCCGCUAAAGAAAAUGAACAGCUUUCUGCUGCUCCCAAGGCUAACCCAGUCAGUUCUGAGAUUCGCCGAAUUCAAAUAGACAUACUACAAGCACAAGCCUUAGUACGUAAGCUUGAUAUAGAGAAGGGUAUACAAGAUAAUGUCCUUUCUAGUAGUGAUCAAGAUGAUGCAGAUAAGACACAUGGGGGAUCCUUGGGACCAAUUGUAAUUAUACGCGGGCUUACCACUGUCAAGGGCCUUGAGGGUGUUGAACUACUAGACACUUUGAUUACUUAUCUGUGGCGUGUCCAUGGCUUAAAUUAUUAUGGAAUGUCUGAAACUUCAGAAGCAAAGGGGCUUCGGCAUGUUAGAGCUGACAUUAAGGCUGAUGGAGCUAAUUCUAGUGGUUCUGAGUGGGAGCAGAAACUUGAUUCAUUCUGGCAAGCAAGGCUGGAAGGUCAGGAUCCCUUGGAAAUAUUGACAGCUAAAGAUAAGAUUGAUGCUGCAGCUACUGAGGCCCUAGAUCCUGUUGUGAGAAAAAUAAGAGAUGAAAAAUAUGGUUGGAAGUAUGGAUGUGGAGCCAAAGGUUGCACAAAGCUUUUCCAUGCUCCUGAAUUUGUCCAUAAACAUCUCAAACUGAAACACCCAGAACUUGUGAUUGAAUUCACAUCAAAUGUUCGAGAAGACCUUUAUUUUCAAAAUUAUAUGAAUGAUCCCAAUGCACCUGGUGGAACACCUAUCAUGCAACAGUCUGCACCAAAGGCAAGAAUACAAAGACGGAGGCUGUUAGAUAAUCGUCUUAGAGAUGCACAUGGCAACCGCAUAGAGCUCAACAGGAAUAGAGAUGAUGACAGGAAUGACAGCUCACCUAGUGAUAACCAUGGUGGUUUGGAUGGAGAAACUUAUGAGAAGCCUCCAUAUGAUGCCCACAGGGGGGGUUUGCACAGUGCUUUUCCUUCAGACAUUCCUCCGCCGCCUAUCUUGGUGCCUGUUCCUGGUGCUGGUCCACUUGGACCUUUCGUGCCUGCCCCACCAGAGGUGGCUAUGCGUAUGCUUACUGAUCCUGGUGGGCCGUCAUCCUUUGAUACUGCUGGGGGUCUACAUGGUAGAAAAGGACGGCUUGGCCAGCAACUAGGUGGCACAGCAGCACCAAUUCUCGCUAUGCCUCCACCUUUUCGACAUGAUCCACGCCGCAUGAGGAGUUACAGAGAUCUCGACGCACCAGAUGAUGAAGUCACUGUACUAGACUACAGGAGUUUGUAGGCUCUCCCAUUUCUGUUGUGUUUCGCAAAUCACAAUCCUCAAAGGAGCGUACGUUUCCCCCAGUUGUAAAAUAGACAAAGUUCUUUGAACCUGUGAUGAUUCCUUUUGCAGUCUAAAGGGAUGAUUCUAAUACGAGAUGCAUUAUGCGCAUUCAAAUAAUCUUAGUAUUUGAACUGCAAAACCUAACAAUCCUUUGUAUGACAUUUGCACCAUAUGUACACCUAGUUGUCAUUGUUUAGUCGAUCUUUCUUCCCACCUGGAUCAUUAUUACAAAUGUUACUUGUUGCUAUCAACUGUUAUUCGAUUCCUCUGUUCGUUCUUU